AGUUUUUAGUGGGUAUGAAGGGUAAAGAUGAGGCCAUGGCUAUUGGAGGACAGUGGUCUCCUUCUCUUGACGGGCCUGACCCAGACAAAGACCCCGCGGUGCUGAUCAAGACAGCUGUGCGCUGUUGUAAGGCUUUGACGGGCAUUGACCUGAGUUUGUGCACACAGUGGUACCGUUUUGCAGAGAUUCGCUACCAUCGCCCUGAGGAGACCCACAAGGGGCGUGCAGUUCCUGCUCAUGUGGAGACAGUGGUUUUAUUUUUCCCGGAUGUUUGGCAUUGCCUUCCCACCCGCUCAGAGUGGGAAAACCUCUGCCGAGGAUACAAGCAGCAGCUGGCCGACAAGCUUCAGGGUGAACGCAAGGAAGCGGAUGGAGAACAGGAGGAAGAGGACAAAGAUGAUGGUGAUGCAAAGGAAAUCUGUACUCCCACUCACUGGUCAAAACUGGACCCUAAGAUAAUGAAGGUACGAACUGUAUACAGCGCUGAAUGUUUCCUGUCUAGUAGUUCUAACCUAUUACGAGAUCUGUAUGUAACUUAUACAGUAAGGUAAGGUGCGUCUGUAUGUAACUUAUACAGUAAGGUGAUGUGCGUCUGUAUGUAACUUAUACAGUAAGGUGAGGUGCGUCUGUAUGUAACUUAUACAGUAAGGUGAGGUGCGUCUGUAUGUAACUUAUACAGUAAGGUGAGGUGCGUCUGUAUGUAACUUAUACAGUAAG